CUUCUCGAUAUCUCUAUCGCAAUUCACUUCACUUACAAUAAAAAACCACAACACAAACCUCCUACAACCGUCACCAUGUGCAUGAAGGCCACUUGCUCUAACUGCCAAAAGACCUCUUGGUGGGGCUGCGGCCAGCAUAUCCCCUCGGUCAUGGAUGCCAUCCCGGAGAGCGAGCGCUGCACUUGCUCGCCUAAGGUUGAGCGCGAGGGAAAGUCGUAUCCUCCUAAGGCUGAGCGAUGACUCCCUGGGUGUGUGAUUGUUUAAUUAUGGCGUGGGAGAAGAAUCGGGGGUGUUGACGGUGGUGUGGCGAUGGGUGGCGUUGGUGGUUGUUGGGGUUAGCGAGUGAUUAAGUUGUGGCAAUAGUCCCAAUGUGUGUAUGUAUGUAUGUAUGUAUGUACUGCUGAUGACGCAGUACUUCAAGAGCAGAGAACAGGGUUCGUGCCUGAAUGAAACUGUUUCUUCAUU